CUAAACACUUUAAAAAGAAAAUAUAAAUAAAUAAUGGAUACCAUGCAUUGACAUUUGUGGUGCCACUUGACAAGUAAUGGAAGGCAUUUGUAUUAAUGUACAAAAAAACUCGUAAUGUUUAAUGCAAAACGUUCGCAUGGCAAGCAAGUAUUCGAAGCAGAUUGAAAUAGAGAACUGAACCAAGUUGUUGGAGCCAAAUAUCGUAAUUGUUCGUGGCCAGUAACUAAUAAAAUCAAAAUGAAUGGUAAUCGUAAAUUUAAAUCGCUGCGCUUAGUGCGCUUCGGCGAUGUGCUUUACGAUCAGCAGCGGCGAUUAAUAAUGCUUUGCCGUUCCUGCCAACGGCAUUAUCUAUCACUGGACGCAUUCCAAGCGCACCUCAUCAAAUGCGGUGCCAUAAAGCACAUUGUGACGUCGAUUGACGAACUGCAGUACGACGAGGAGAGGCGAGAGUCGAGACUAAUAAAUGGCAAGCAAGAGAUGUUCAUUUACGAACCAGAUGCUGUGCGCAAUGGCGUCGACUGUAACAUCGAUUGGGAAGCUGAGCUGGAGGAUCCCCGCUGGUAUACAGAUGACAAUCGAAUGCUGCCGACGAAAGCAAAACAAUCGCCCACCAAUGCCAAAGAGAACGUCGAUGAGAUUCGCACACGCAAUCAGACAGCCAAGGCAAUCGAAAGGGAAACGCAAAAUGUAAAGCAGGCGCCCAAAAAGCCACAACAGCAGCAGCAAGAGCAACAAUUGUCGCAACCGUCGCCCGCCAAACGAAUGCGGCAUUCAACGCCAAAGCGCACCAUUCUCACAAACCAAAAACAACAGCAUAAAACACGCGCCAGCCUCGAUAUACCCAAGGCGAAAAAUGAUGUUUAUGUGGUGCAGAAUAUUAUUGAAGAUCUCAGGGGACUGGAUGCAUUGGCAACAGCGCGUGCUGUGAGCACAUCAACAACAACAGCAUCAUGUAAAGCAUCCACAACAGCAUCCUGUAAAGCAUCCACAACAGCAUCAUGUAAAGCAUCCACAACAGCAGCAUGUAAAGCAACAACAACAACAUGUGAAGCAAGAACAGCAGCAGCAUGUAAAGCAAUAACAACAACAUACGAAGCAAGAACAGCAGCAGCAUGUAAAGCAACAACAGCAACAUGUGAAGCAGCAGCAACAACAGCAGCAGCAACAAAUAAACCCACAGUUGUCAACAGUACUGCGAAUGGCGACACACAACAAAUACUUAACAAGCUGCGCGCUUGUGGCGUCGAAGUCAAGCGCCGCAAUACGCGAGAGACGCUCGAUGCGUCUGGCGCUGAUGCGGCGACGUUGGCCAAAAAGCAGCAAGCACUCGAUAUAAUGCGUAAGCUGCAAUCGAAUGGUAUCCAGUGCACCAAAUUGAAUAAUGCCCGAAAAGGCAUCUAGCAAAUUACGUGUAAUUUUUUUUAAAAUGCAUCUGAAACGUGCCCACGCAUCCCUAGUUGUAGUACAGUUACUUUAAGCACUUGUGAAUACACAUUGAUCGAAAUUGGUCUAUACAAAAAUCA